CUUCUUGGGACUGAGGCCUCUGCAGGACUGUCAUCUGUUGCUAACAGAUGGGGGUUUUCCUCUUGGAAAUGAGCUCUGUUCCAGUCCCCUAGAGCUGCUCGGGGAGGACUGCUUUUUCCCAAGGGCUGACAAGCACAGUCAUGGGUAGCUUUAAAUAUCAUGCACCCCAUCAUUUGGUGGGUGGGUGUGUUGUUGCUAACUGCUUCAACUGCAACGGAAGAGGUGAUGAGUUGCCAAAAAACAAGGAUGUUCCUUCUUAAGGAUCACGCCAGCAUAUUUUUGGUGAGGCAUAUUAAAGAAGAAUUUUAUCCUAAAAUAUUGGCCAAAUUUAUCUAGAUACUGUAUCCAAGGAAAAUAAUUUAAGUAAUGUGCCAUGCAACCCCAAUCCGUAGAAUCCUAUAGACCCUUUAAUAGAAGUCUAUCUUCUUUAUUCAUCAAGUGGUUUCAGGAGACCUUUGUGGAGGGAGAAGGGCUGCCAAGGCCACCAUUAUACCAGCUGGCAAAAGGAGACACCAGAUCUAGCAAAUUUACCUCUGGGGGUAGAAAAACAAAGAGGUGGUAAAAAAUGUGAUAUUUUUCCUUUUUCAAUUGUUCUUUCUUCUUUGCCAUCCAUAAAGGCUGCUUUUUCUGAAAGGUUCAAAGGAGUUUUCUUUAGGAAGAGGAGUGUUUUUCUCAUCUCCAACAGCUAAAUGGAUACCCUUCCCUAGAAGUCUUCCCAUUAAUUGAGUUGGCCUGAAGGUCAUAAACCAUAAUCAAUAUGGAGAUUGGUGGCUGCAAGGUGCUAAUUGACAUCCCCGAAGCAGAAUGGUGUUGACAAUCAAUAGAGAAGUGCAGAGCCCUGAUAGAUUUAUGGCUUUGAUUUUGAAAAGGUAUGGGAAUGCCCUGUGAUGUUUCCCCUGUAUUCCUUUUGAAUGUUAAUGCUUUCUUGAAGAUGAUUUCAGACACACUGCUAGGAUACUGCCUCUACUCAGUGAAGCAGAAUCCUCUGAAGAGUUGCUGAGGCAGAACUGAAAGCAUGGCUCGCCUCAUAGCCACAGCCUUACCGGCCUCAAGCGCCUCACACGGAAAGAGGAUGCUCCUUUAACUCGGGGGUUUAAUAGGAAGGUUCUAAGCCUGAAACAACAGCUUUAGUUUGGGGUGUGCCAUCCAGCUUUUUGCAGCUACCACUGUCUACUGCUCUAACAAAGCUUGGUCCAGAAGAAUGGAGACUAAGGAGGCUUGUAACUACCUGUAACUGUUUCGUCAGGAAAUGGAUCAAGUGUUUUUUUCAGCCAGAUCCAGGAUCUACAACAACUCAACAAUCAUGAUGAUAACCCUGACUGUCCCUGGGUCAUGAGCAGAGUGCAGCACCAGCCUUUUUGAGAUAACUCAGCCUGUCUAAGGUGCAGCCACCAUGAUCUCAGCAGACUGAUGAUGGACCAGGAGGGUAUUGGGAGACCCUGUGCUCUGGCUUCCUGGGACGAUGGAUGGAGGACAGCCCGUCCCUUCACCCCUCAUGCCCCUUGGGAACGUGUCAUCGGAUUCUAGCAUGUCUCUGGAGCAGAAAACCACCUUUGUUUUUGUGAUUUUGUUGUUUAUUUUCUUGGGCAUCUUCAUUGUCAGGUGCUUCUGGAUUCUUCUGGACCCUUAUCGGAGCAUGCCGACCUCAACCUGGGCUGAUGGACUCGAAGGCCUGGAGAAAGGGCAGUUUGACCAUGCCCUGGCUUAGCCUGAGGGAGCAGGAUCCCCUGCUGAGGAGCUGAUGUGCUGCAUGUUUGGCCAGGAGUCUUUAGGUGACGUUCUCAACAAAUGAAGUUUUAACCAUCUCUGGUCCUAAAACCACAAUCCGUAUUCAAUAAACACCCAGCUGGGUUAAAGACAUUUUUGAGGGUAUUGGAAAUGAAGGUUUAUAUUAUUAACCACAGAAAGGAAGUCUUAAAUUUCUGCUUUUACUCAAUAAAUGAAUAUUGUUGAAUGUGUGUGAAUAGAAACCAAGUACAUCAAUACUGACGGAGACUUUGCCAUAAAACAAAACACUAUCCAACCCGACCAGAGAAUAGAAGACUAGAAAAAGUCCAACCUGAAUCUGGUGCAAGGCCACAAAAAGCCUUCAUUGCUCUAAUUGUAUCUCUCAGUUUGUUUUAUUUUCAGGGGAAUCUGGGUCUCAGGCACAGAGUGAGGAAAAUUAUGCUGAGUGGGCCCAAAGCAGGUGUUUGUCAUCUCCUAAGGCAGGGAGCAUUGAGAAGCAAUGGAAGGGUUUAGGAAAGAUGGUUCUGUCCCUGGUAAAUAUGGGUGAGAAUGAUAUAAAUUUUUUUCUCACUAAUUUCGAAGGCCUAAGGAGUUUUGAAAACUAUAUACCAUGCCAAGUACAUUCGAUGUAUUCAUGUUAAUAAUAUGUGUAGAAGUCACUCAACAUACCUUGAAUUUACUUUCAUCACAUAUACUUACCAAAAAGGAUUGAAAUACUAGGUUGCAAUGCAGUUUCUAGCUUUUUUUUUUUUAAUGAAAAGUUAAUUGUUUAGAGAAGGCCUUUACAGACUUGACAGCAAUAUGUGUUUAGGACUGUAUGUAGAAACCAAAUAAAACUUUUCAAGAAACAGAAAUGUCUCCUUCCUUAUUUCACCAAGAUUAAUGAAGAGGUGGUGCAUUGUACUGAAUGCUGAGGCUUAACAAUUUUCCAAUGGAGAGAAAAAAAGAGCAAAGACCAUGAAUGGUCAUCUAAUUGAUCCUUUUCCCAUUUUAGGAAAGGCUCCCAGAAAUUGUCCUGCACAGAUAAAAUCUAUUCUAAACAAUAUUUAAGUCCACCAAAAAGGAGAUGUGAAAACCUGUUAUUCCAACUUUUAUUGGUAGGAAAACCCCUCAUAUCUAAACUAAAUUGUUACAGUGACUUUUUAAAUAUAAUCUUAAAACUGCAAGCAAGCAGGAAAUUGUAAUGUAAUCUUCAAAGCUGGAAACUGGCUAUAAUGGAAGUUCUUAUUCUCACAAAGAGGCAAUCUGUAAAUGUAAAGUCUGAAGCAAUAUGUAAAUGUAAAGUUUGCACCCAGAUAUGAAUAAAGCCUUUUCAUCUAUCUCCCUAAAUAGCCCGGGACACUUUUCACAGGUGUCACCAAGCUCCUGAAGAAAACAGGAAGACAGGAAAUAAUUAAAUUACUGAAGUUCUCCAAACCUGUUACAUUUUAACAAAAAUGAUUAACUCCCUUUGUCUCUAAUGGGUUUUGCCAAUUAGAGAAUCACUGGGAGACUGCCCCAAACCUCCCAGAUAUAGCUAAGCCUUUUGUCUAUAUAUGUAAAUGUAAAGUUUGCACCUUUCACAGAUGUCACCUAGCUCUUGAAGAAAACAGGAAAUAACUGAAAUGAUUAACUCCCUUUGUCUCUAAUUGGUUUAGCCAAUUAAAGAAUCACUGUGAGAUUGCCCCCACACCUCCCAGAUACAGAUGGACUUUUUGUCUAUCACUCUUGUUGCAUGUUAAUUGAAUGAUUAUCUCUCUUUGUCUCUGAACUGGAUAUAAAAACCAAUUGGAAAAACACUUCGGGGAGGCAGAUUUGGGAAAGCUUCCCUUGCCUUCCACCAGUAUAAUAAAGCAUCUUUUCCUCUUCAGCCUGGUUUGGUGUGACUUCUAUUGGCCGCAACAAGCGAAGAACCCAGAUUUGGGAAGUGCCCCUUCUUCAAAAUCACUUAGGCUGCAUAUACAGCCCAUGUCCUCCUCAGCUAGUUGUCUCUUUUUUGUUUUUUUUUUUUAAGGAAAAAAAAGCCAUCAAUGCCCUAAAAGGCAGCCCCUAUUAAAACUAAUUUCUUGCCUACUGCUUCUUUUAUAUUCUUUGGGGAUUCCUGCUGCCCAGGCUUCCUCUUUCCCCCUUCCCCCCAUGAUUCUUUUUUUUUAUAAUAACAGCUUUAUUGAAAUAUAAUUCACAUUCUAUAAAAUUCAUAAAGUGUACAAUUCAGAGGUUAUUAGUAUAUUCACAGAGUUGUGCAUCCCUGCUUACUCCAGAGCAUUUUUAUUACCCUCCCAAAGAAACCCCACCUGUACCCAUUAGCAGUCACUUCCCAUUCUACCCUCCCCACCAACCCCUAGAAACUCCUAAUCUACUUUCUUUCUCUACGGAUUGCCUAGCCUGGACAUUUCAUGUAAAUGGGAUCAAAUCACAUGUGACCUUUGUUACAGCUUCUUUCACUAAGCAUGGUGUUUUCCAGGUUCAUCCAUAUUGUAGCAUGCGUCAUUCCCUUUUAUUGCUGAAUAGUAUUCCAUAGCUUGGAUAGACUGCAUUUUGUUUAUUCAUUGGUUAUUAAGAAGUUAAUGCUUUUAUGAACUUUCAUGUACAAGUUUUUGUGUAGAUGUAUGUGCUCAAUUCCCUUGAGUAUAUAUCUAGGAGUAAAAUUGCUGAGUCAUAUGGUAACUGUAUGUUUAACUUUUUGAGGGACUGUCAGACUGCUUUCCAAAGUGGCUGCAUCACUUUACGUUCCCACCAGCAAGGUAUGAGAGUUUUGAUUCUUUUGUUAAGUUCUCUCCAGCGAUUCAAAUGUGUUCUUUAGCUGUAGAAUUUAUAAUUGAAUGCACUACUCUGAGAGUGAUUCAGAUUAAAAAGACUGAAAACCGCUAGUGAUUUCUACAUGUUACAGGUUUAUUGAUGCUUUCAAAGAAUCUUUGUUUCUCAAUUUAAAGUGAAAUGCUGCUGCUGAUUUGUGGUCAUCUUGUGGUCUGUUAAGUCACCCGAGUUUUCUUCUGUCUUCUAAUAAAUACUUCUUUAAUCCAUUAAUUAUAAGGUU